UAUUCCUCUCUGCCGAACCUUUACGUUGCCAUUUCCAGCAUCUCAAGCCCACCUCUAAUUCUGGAAAUUCUGCGAAGACCUUAAAAAGUGAUUGGAGACAGUGUUUGCAAUGUUACCGUGCGGAGCGCAUUUUUGCUGAGACGUUAGGUACAUUUUUGAACUAGAGGGAUUGUCAAGAGAAAAACUCUUGCCAUGUCUCUACUUUGUGUAAGAGUAAAGAAAGCCAAACUCCAAGGAUCUCCGGAUAAGUUCAAUAGCUAUGUGACGCUGAAGGUGCAGAAUGUCAAGAGCACCUCCAUUACCGUGCGAGGGGACCAGCCAUGCUGGGAGCAGGACUUCAUGUUUGAGAUCAACCGUUUGGACCUGGGCCUCAUUGUGGAGGUGUGGAACAAAGGCCUUAUCUGGGACACAAUGCUGGGGACUGCCUGGAUCCCCCUCAAGUGCAUCUGCCAGUCAGAGGAGGAAGGCUCAGGGGAGUGGAUCUUCCUGAAUGCUGAGGUUCUGAUGAAGGCUGAUGAGAUCUACGGUACCAAGAACCCAACACCCCACCAAGUUCUGCUGGACACGCGCUUUGAGCUGCCCUUCGACAUCCCAGAAGACGAGGCACAGUACUGGACCGGCAAGCUGGAUCACAUCAACACUAUGAGGAUCCAUGAUGAGGAUGAGGUCCAGAGACGCCUCAUUCCGCCCGCUGCCUCCCAAUGCUCCCUGGAUGACCAUGACAGUGCGGUGGACGACCGGGACAGUGACUACCGCAGUGAGACCAGCAACAGCUUGCCCCCGCGCUACCACACCACUGCCCAGCCCAACUCCUCCAUGCACCAGUACCCCAUGGGCCCCCAGCUCCAGAACCACCUGGAUUCCUGCACCGACUCCAUGCACAGCUUUGACAUGGACUACAGAGACCACCACGGGAGCAGUCCGGUGGAAAGUAGUCGCUUUGGGUCCUCUGGGAACCUGAGCCAGACCAGCUCCCAGCUUAGUGAGACAGGCCAGGAGAGUGCUCCAGGCUCAGGGCUGGAAGAGUCAUUCCACUCCUACCACAGUACCGGCUUCCGCCCCUCCACCAAUGUCCAGCAACCUACCAACGGACACAUCCCCAGCAAUGGACACUCUGUUUUGGGGAAGGGAGAGUUGGGCAGACCCUGCCUGGAUGUGGGGAAAAGUUUAAAUGGCUCUUUGAAGAAAUUAGACCACUCAGUAGAGAAAAGAUCCAACAAACAUUUACAAAGUUUCCACGACGAUGGGCCUCCUUUGCCCUUCUCUCCAUCCAGAAUACGCUGGUUGAAGGCCAUCAACAAAGUCAGGGAUCAGCUUCAGGAGGGACGAGAUGAUGGACCCAACUCCAGACAAGCUUGGAUCAAGCCAGGCGGUGGAAGUGGUUUGUUUGGGAUUGACAGCAUGCCAGACCUUCGUAAGAGGAAGCCUAUACCCCUGGUCAGCGAUGUGGCUAUGUCACUGGUCCAGGCCAGGAAGGCUGGAAUCACCUCUUCCAUGGCCGCACGGUCCUCCGUCAAAGACGAGGAGCUGAAGAACCACGUUUAUAAGAAGACCCUACAGGCUCUGAUCUACCCCAUCUCCUGCACCACGCCCCAUAACUUUGAGGUGUGGACAGCCACCACGCCCACCUACUGCUACGAGUGCGAGGGGCUGCUGUGGGGCAUCGCCCGCCAGGGCAUGAGGUGCUCCGAGUGCGGGGUCAAGUGUCACGAGAAGUGCCAGGAGCUGCUGAAUGCCGACUGCCUGCAGCGUGCUGCGGAGAAGAGUUCAAAGCAUGGGGCUGAGGAUCGUACCCAGAACAUCAUCAUGGCCAUGAAGGACCGCAUGAAGAUCAGGGAGAGGAACAAGCCGGAGAUCUUUGACGUGAUCCGGGAUGUGUUUGUCAUCAGCAAGGUGAUCCACGCUCAGCAGAUGAAGACCAUCAAACAGAGUGUAUUGGAUGGAACCUCCAAGUGGUCAGCCAAGAUCACCAUCACAGUGCUGUGUGCCCAGGGACUGCAGGCCAAAGAUAAGACGGGUUCCAGUGACCCCUAUGUCACGGUCCAGGUGGGCAAGACCAAGAAGAGGACCAAGACCAUCUAUGGCAACCUCAACCCUGUCUGGGAGGAGAACUUCCACUUCGAGUGUCAUAACUCAUCGGACCGUAUCAAGGUACGUGUGUGGGACGAGGACGAUGACAUCAAGUCCCGGGUGAAGCAGCGUCUAAAGAGAGAGUCAGAUGACUUCCUGGGUCAGAGCAUCAUCGAGGUCCGCACGCUCAGCGGAGAGAUGGACGUCUGGUACAACCUGGAGAAGAGGACAGACAAGUCAGCCGUGUCUGGGGCCAUCCGUCUCCAGAUCAGUGUGGAGAUCAAGGGAGAGGAGAAAGUAGCUCCCUAUCACGUACAGUACACCUGUCUACACGAGAACCUGUUCCACCACUCAACGGACAUUCUGGGCCAAGGGGUAGUGAGGAUCCCCGACGCUAAAGGAGACGAUGCCUGGAAGGUGUACUUUGACGAGGUGUCCCAGGAGAUAGUGGAUGAGUUCGCAAUGCGCUACGGGAUCGAGUCCAUCUACCAGGCCAUGACAAACUUCGCCUGCCUCUCCUCUAAGUACAUGUGUCCUGGUGUUCCCGCGGUUAUGAGCACCCUGCUUGCCAACAUCAAUGCCUUCUACGCCCACACUACCGCUUCCACCAACGUCUCCGCCUCUGACCGCUUUUCCGCCUCCAACUUUGGAAAAGAGCGCUUUGUCAAGCUCUUGGAUCAACUCCACAACUCCUUACGCAUUGACCUCUCCACAUACAGGAACAAUUUUCCUGCCAGCAGUAAGGACCGUCUCCAGGACCUCAAGUCCACUGUAGACCUCCUGACUAGCAUCACCUUCUUCAGGAUGAAGGUCCAGGAACUGCAGAGUCCCCCCAGAGCCAGUCAGGUGGUGAGGGACUGUGUCAAGGCCUGUCUCAACUCCACCUACGACUACAUCUUCAACAACUGCCAGGAGCUGUACAGCCGCCAGUACCAGCCGCUGGACACACACAAAGAGGAUCUUUCCCUGGAGGAGCAGGGCCCCAGCAUCAAGAACCUGGACUUCUGGCCCAAACUGAUCACCCUUAUCGUCUCCAUCAUAGAGGAGGACAGGAACUCCUACACACCCGUCCUCAGCCAGUUCCCUCAGGAGCUGAACGUGGGGAAGGUGUGUGCUGAGGUCAUGUGGACGCUGUUCUCCCAGGACAUGAAGUAUGCCAUGGAGGAGCAUGAGAAACACCGGCUGUGUAAGAGUGUUGACUACAUGAACCUGCACUUCAAGGUCAAGAGGCUGUACAAUGAGUAUGUGAAGGACCUGCCAAACUUCAACAGAGUUGUCCCCGACUACCCAUCGUGGUUCUUACAGUUUGUGCUGCAGUGGCUGGAUGAGAAUGAAAGUGUUUCCAUGGAGUUCAUGCAUGGAGCUCUGGAGAGAGACAAGAAAGAUGGAUUCCAGCAGACAUCUGAGCAUGCUCUCUUCUCCUGCUCGGUGGUGGACGUCUUCACCCAGCUCAACCAGAGCUUUGAGAUCAUCAAGAAACUGGACUGUCCUGACCCCAAGGUCAUGGCCCACUACAGCAGACGAUUCGCCAAGACUAUUGCCAAAGUUCUUCUGCAGUACAGUGCCAUUCUGACCAAGAGCUUCCCCUCCUACUCUGACAAAGAGAAGAUCCCAUGCGUACUGAUGAAUAAUGUGCAGCAGUUGCGUAUCCAGCUGGAGAAGAUGUUUGAGUCCAUGGGUGCCAAACAGCUGGACACAGACGCUAGUGACCUCCUGAAUGAGCUUCAGGUCAAGCUGAACAAUGUGCUGGAUGAGCUGAGUACCACAUUUGGAAACAGUUUCCAUGUCCGUAUUGAUGACUGUAUGAGACAGAUGGCCUCUCUGCUGUACCAAAUCAAGGGCCCAGUCAACGCCAACAGCCGCAACAUGGUGGAGGCCGACUCCGACAACAUGCUGCGGCCACUCAUGGACUUCCUGGAUUCAAAGUUGACGCUGUUUGCCAAGGCGUGUGAGAAGACUGUUCUGAAGCGGGUUCUGAAGGAGCUGUGGAGGAUUGUGAUGAGUAGCCUGGAGAAGACCAUCGUCCUGCCGCAAGGAAAUGACACCUUUGGGGCUCAGAUCCUGUCUGCAGCCAAGGAACUGGGGCCGCUCUCCAAGCUCAAGGAUCACAUGGCAGGAGAGGCGAAAAGCCUGACACCGAAACAGUGUGCUGUCAUGGAUAUAGCACUGGACACAAUCAAGCAAUACUUCCAUGCUGGAGGAAACGGUCUGAAGAAGGCAUUCCUGGAGAAGAGUUCUGAGUUGACCUCACUACGCCAUGCUCUGUCCCUCUACACACAGACCACAGACACACUCAUCAAGACCUUCGUCACAACACAACACGCACAAGUGCACAAUGGGAAGGGUAUUAGGUUAACUCCCAACGAAAAAAUGCAACCCUCCAGGGGCUCAGGAGUGGACAAGCCGGUGGGAGAGAUAUCCAUACAGAUCGACCUAUUCACCCAUCCUGGGACUGGGGAGCACAAAGUCACUGUCAAAGUUGUGGGAGCCAAUGAUCUGAAGUGGCAGACGUCUGGGAUGUUCCGGCCCUUUGUGGAGAUCACCAUGAUCGGACCCCACCUCAGUGACAAGAAGCGCAAGUUCCAAACCAAGUCCAAGAACAACAGCUGGGCGCCCAAGUUCAACGAGACCUUCCACUUUAUCCUGGGCAACGAGGAUGGCUUUGAGUGCUACGAGCUUCAGAUGUGUGUGAAGGACUACUGCUUUGGUCGUACCGACCGGGUGGUGGGGAUGGCUGUGAUGCAGCUGAGGGACGUGGCAGAAAAAGGCAGCGUGGCGUGCUGGUGCCCUCUGGGCCAAAGGGUCACCGUGGACGAGACAGGCCUCACCGCCAUGCGCAUCCUCUCCCAGCGCUCAAACGACGAGGUGGCCAAGGAGUUCGUCAAGCUUAAGUCUGAGAUACGCUCUGCAGAGGAGGGUAGAUGAGGUCUCCCUGAAGGAGGGGAGGAGUGUGAAGGGCCUCUAGUAAAGACAAGUGGAGAGGAAUGGGAGAACCUUCAUGUCACAGAAGGAAAGCCACUCGACUACUACUUUGGACUAAUAAUGUUUCCUGGCUGCUACUGGCUGUUUGAUGGACACUGGUUCACCAACACACGGUCACUCACACUGUAUUUCUCAUACUCACCUUAUGAAUCUCUCACUCACUAUAUCCCUCACAUACCUAGUUUCUCUUUCACUCAGUGGUUAUUACAUACACACUCUCACACGAUAGUGUACUUCCUGUGGGUCUGCCAGUCUUGCACUAUGGACAUGCCAUGGUCACUAUGUGCCAGUAAUCUCCCUGCCAGCCUGUACGUACUUCAGUACAUGGUUUCCCCCUCACCCCACACAUUUUUAUGUAAUGUGCAAUACCCCCCAACUGUGGCCAUACGUUUGAUGCCUUACACUUUGGAAGCUGUGAAUGUGUGAAGCUUAGACAAACUGUAACUUAUAUUACAAAGCUGUUUAUUUAUCUUCCUCAAUCUCACUUUAGUGUUCUUCAGGAUCCAUGUUAAAGUAUCAUUGAGUCCAAACGUGGGAUGUCAUUGUUAAUGUUAAUGUUGGUGCAUUGGUCAAAGUAGAUUCACCUGGUUUCUAUCAUUUUGAGUUCUACCACAUGUCAAGUACCCAUCUCCUAAACUCCUAAAUAUAGUGGUUUCUGCUUUUUUUUUUGUAUUGAAAGUGGUGCCUUGUGGUGUUUCUGAAGUGAUUUCAUGUUUGAGUCACCCACCUAUUUUCUGACAUGUGGUACUGUAACCGCAACAGCACUCAAUGUAAAGGGGUUGUAAGUUAUGUGUGCCCUACCAGGAAUUGGGCUCCUAUUCAUGACCCAUUAAUCCCAUAAGUGUAGUGUUGACAAUGCACUUUGAAUGAGCAUUUUCUGUAAUGCUUUUGAGUCUAAAUUGACAUCAACAUCCUCAACCCAAGGGUUGCCUUCAAUAGAGAGAAACUUCCAUUAAGGAUAGAUAGAGGUGAGCACUUUUAAUCGCUUAUUACAUCAAAGUGCAGUGGCGUAUGGAGGGCCCUGUCUUAAACUUUGUAAUCACUAGGAAAUAACCCUGGUGAAUAAUUUUUUUUAAUUUUUUUUAACAAACAUUUGGCUAAUGUUGCCAACCGUCAAUGACAGCCAUUUUAUUGAUUGUUUUUCAAAUGUAUUUAUUCCAAAUGAAGAAUGGGGUCUACAAUUGCAAACAAAGAGGGCUGCUAGAUAGCGUUUGAGUAUUGUUUGCAUAGUGGUUGUUUUGAAUGACUUUGUGCUGCAGUUUCCUGGCAGUACCCUACAGAUACUAACUGGACCUAGAGGAUCUUUUGGGGACCAGAGGAGUUUAAACAGUUUUCAUCUCCGUUGAGGAAAAGGCUAUUAUUUUCCAGCUAUGCUUCCAUGUAUCUCUGAGUGGCCUUGCUACUGUGGUGAUAAUAGAAGCUGUCUAUAUAAUACCUGUUUUACCCCUUGUUUUCUGUGUAUUUCUUUUGUUGAACAACGAUGCAGAUGAUUGGUCAAUUUGCCCCAAAUCAACUGUAUUUAAUCAUAUUGGAGGAUUUGUAUUUGUUAAAUAUUUGUUGAGAUGUAGUUAUUCUCUUAGUCUUUUUAUUAUUCUUUUUUUUUAAAUCCCCAUUUUGAUCCCUCUUUUGGAAACGUGGAAUGAUGAUGCUGUUCAGUGUUGUAUUCAUUCGCUUAAGGUGUGAUGCAUGCCUAUCAACUCCCUCAUAGAAAUGAGGGGAGAAAAAAAUCACACUCCUACCGAAAAUAUUUGAGUAUUUGUCAAGUAACACUGCCGUUGUCCAUACAAUUAUAGUCCAUUUGUUGAAUAGGAAACCACUGCAAAAUCACACACUGCAAAAGCUAUAUCUGGGCUUUAUAUACAGUAUCUACUGUACCAAUGUCUUUUUGGCUGUUGAUUUAGGGGAAAAUAUCGACUUUUAAGGAGGGCACUGCCAUUCUGUAAGAUACAUGUUCCUUGUGCCAAGCUGUCCAAGUGUUCACUUUUUAUAAUUUCAUUCUGUUUUUUAAUACAUCGUUUUUUUUAAUUCGUGAACCUUUGCACUAUUAUUAAAUCACUACAAUAGUUAGCAUGUAUAGUAUAUCAGUCAAAGUACUUUUGUGAAGUUUUAUUUGUAUUAUUGCCACUGGGAAAAUAUUGGUAUUGUGUACAUUCCAAUUUAUGAGUUUUGUAUAAAGUAUUUAAGAAAUAUCUAUUGUGUCUAGACAAUUUUGUGUGUUUUCCUUUACAAAAAAUAUGAUUCUCAUCUCUAGAUUCAUGGAUUUUACUCCCGAGUGGCGCAGCGGUCUAAGGCACUGCAUCUCAGUGCUUGAGGCGUCACUACAG